CAACUUCAUCAUAUACUCCUUUUGCAGGAUAAGGUCUAAGAUAUUUUGAAUUGAAUUCUUUAUAAUACAUAGUAUGAUAUUAUCCUUUGUAUGAUGGAUUAAGAGGCAAAUAAGGUAGUUUUUAAUUUUUCAUUUAUUUAGCUCUAUCAGAUUCAAGGGAAACAUUAGUAGAUUUCGCGAAUGAUGUAGUAGUAAAUUUUAUAUGAAGUGGAGACAAAGGUGAUCUUAUGCUAAAAAAAUUUUAUUACUUUUAUUGAUAAAGCCCUUUUGUGUUUUAAUAGGUACAUUGUAGAAUUCUUAAUAUUAAUAUCUUUAGUUGCUUCUACCAGUGAAUGGAAAAUUUUAAACUAUAUUUGAAUUGUUUUGAGGUAUCAA